CUCCACUUUAUUCUACGCUAUGAAUUUAAGGGUCCACAUUAAUGCAGAAGUCGCGCCGCGCGCAGCGUUGCAUAGCAAGAUACCUCCACCAGAGUCUGACCAGAGCAAGGCGUCCAUAUUAUUUCUUGCGGCGAACUUUAGCUCCCCGGGCCACUCGAAUGCCAGCCUCAUCUUGGAACAUCAACUUGAUCAUCCACCACCGUCUCCAUUGUAUCAACAUAACGCGUCUCCCAGAUUCCAACCCUGUGACUAUUCACACAUCCCUAGCACUGCGUGACUUAUCCAUUGGUUGAGGCGCAUUUGCCUCCCUCGUCGGCAACAUGGCGGCCCCUAAGAUGACCAAGAACCAGAAGCGGCGCGCAAAGAAGAAAGCCGACAAGGCCGCUAAAGUUGAAGACGCAUCGGGAGCGAGCGAGACGCCUCAGGUUGAGGAGAGCGAGCAGGAGUCUGAGGCCCCCAACGACACUGCGCAAACAAAUGGCACAUCGGAUCUCGAAUUCAAAAAGGAUUCUACUGCCGCCAACGGAUUCCCCGCCGAUGGUCCCAUAGAAGAAGAAGAGUAUGAUCUAGAUGCCGAAGAUCCCGCCUUUUCGAUGUUCAAGGAUGUUUUCUCCAAGUUUGGCGCAUCAAAUAACGACGAGGAUGCCGUCGCGAAAGAGGCCAAUGCUGGUAUUCAAGGCGAGGUAUUCCACGAUGACGACGAUAACAUACCCGACGAAGACGACGAGAAUCAGUCUGGACAGAACAAGAUUUCCAAAAAGAAAAGGAAAAUGAUGAGCAAGCUAUCUAUCGCCGAGCUCAAGGCCCUGGUCAAGAAACCUGAGGUCGUUGAGUGGCAAGACAUAUCCUCGUCCGAUCCUCGUCUACUCGUGCAAAUCAAAGCCCAGCGCAACGUCGUGCCCGUGCCGUCCCAUUGGUCCUUGAAGCGCGAAUAUCUGUCAUCCAAGAGGGGUAUUGAAAAGCCAGCCUUCAAACUGCCCAAGUUUAUCGCGGACACUGGUAUUUCAGAAAUGAGGGACGCCGUGUUGGAGAAACAGGCAGAGCAAAGCCUCAAACAGAAACAGAGGGAACGAGUCGCGCCCAAGAUGGGCAAACUUGACAUCGACUACCAGAAGCUCUAUGAUGCAUUCUUCAGAUUUCAAGAUAAGCCUAUGCUUACACGAUUCGGUGAAGUGUACUACGAGGGCAAAGAGUACGAAACAGACUUACGGCAUCUACGUCCCGGCGAGUUAGGUGAUAGCCUUAAAGAAGCUCUCAGUAUUCCCCCAGGAGCACCUCCACCGUGGCUUAUCAACCAGCAACGUUUCGGUCCUCCGCCCUCAUAUCCAUCCCUUCGUAUCCCUGGGUUAAAUGCCCCUAUACCACCUGGUGCACAGUGGGGCUUUAAUCCGGGUUGCUAUGGCAAGCCUCCAGUCGAUGAGUACAACAGGCCGCUAUUCGGCGGUGAUAUCUUUGGUAUUAUGCAACCAAACCAAGCUGCACCACCGUCCGGCGAGCCAAUUGAACGGAAUUUGUGGGGCGAGCUUCAAGUGGUCGAGGAGGAGUCUGAAGAGGAAGAAGAGGAUGAAGAUGAGGACGAGGAUGAAGAAGAUGUCGGCACCGGAAUACAGACAUCUACUGGCUUGGAGACCCCAGGCGGCAUGACAAGCACCGUACCAACAGAGUAUGGUACUCACACCGAGUCAGUCGCUGGAGAAAUGGAUCUCCGUAAACAGCGUCGUGGAUAUGAGACCGAAGAGAGCAUGCACCCCCGUGCAGCAUACACCGUUCUCCAGGAGAGGCAAUCGAGAGCAGAGGGCUUCUUUGGCAGCGACCGUGUGUACGAUAUGAAAAAUGCCGGUGGCAUGCAUGUCCUUGGCCAAGACGAGGAUAGUAGCAGGAAGCGGAAGAAGCCUGGUGACGUUGAUGUCUCUUUCGAUCCAGAAGCGUUAGGCGAUGGUAUCAGCAAAGAGGAGAUGCAACGGAGGUUUGAGGAAGGAAGACGCGAGGAGGGCGUGGGCGCUCAGUGGAGGGGAAGAGAAGAAGGGCUGGACGAGAUGAUUGCGAAUGAAAGUCGGAAGAGAAUGAAACGCGACGAAGAAAAGCGCGAAGAGAAGAAGAGCAAGUAUAGGUUUUAAAGAGUGUAUAUUAUUUGCGUGGUGCCAUCACCGCCUGGAAGUGGGUUGAAUUUAAUUAUCCUUUUGCAAGUAGGAGGCGGUACAAUGAAGGCACAAAUGUGUUAGGUGUAUGCCUCACAAUAAUACGGCAUAGCGUGUUUCAAGAGAUAUCGAUACUUUGGUUACCAUGAGUUCGCAGAUAUGAACAGCGCUUAUUGCAAGCUGUCAACACCCUAAAUCUCCUUGAUUCCCCCUGAUAUUGAACGAGCCCCCAUCACUUCUCAGUAU